UAAAUAUCUAUUACAGAAAUAACAUCUGAGGUUCAGCUCAGUCGAGAGCGAGAGGAUCCAGUAAAAGUGGAGAUCGAAGGCUCCGCCAUAUUAUCUCAGCAGAGGAACCCGGCAGGAUGUUCCAGGCACCUGAUCUCCGGCAUGUCACGGUGUUGACCAAGGCUCAGUGGCUGCGUGUUCAAGAUGAACUGAACCAGGUUGAUGAAGAAAAGGAGCGUUUGAGAGAGGUGGCGAACCAGAGACUAGCUCUGAGCCUGAAGUCAAAAGAGGUGGUGAAACUCUGGGCCAAUACCAUCACUGGUCAAAGGGAAAAGAAGCUGGAAGCAAAGAAAAUCCGUGAAGAGCUUGAGGAGGAGAAGAGGAAACAGAUUGAUGUAGAAGAGGCCCAAUUCAAGGAACAACAGCGUAAAGAGGCGAUUGAAAAAGCCAAGACUCAACUGUAUUAUCAAACCGACCGUGUCAGAGGAUUUCAUAGUGCACUCAUGCUGACAGAAGUGUUGAAGGAGAGGGAGGCUCAGAUCGAACUGAAGAAAAGAAUAAACAGUGCCUCUAAAGAUGUGGACCAAGAAUUCAGGGAUAUGGGAAAGACCAGAGGGGAUGAAGCUCUGAGACGGGAGCAAGAGAAAGCACUCCAGAAAAAGCUGGAGAGACUGGCUGCUGCAGAGGACGUGAAAAAACAGAUCAAAGAAAAGGAGUUGACGAGAGAGCGACAAAAGACAGAGCACAAGAAAGUCGAAGAGGAAAUCCUACGCCUUGGAGAACUCUAUCAGUGGGAGCUGAGAGAGAAGGAAGAGAGACGAGCAGAACAGAAGACGAGCCUAAUGCAAGCUCACCUGGAACAUGUGACCAAUAGAGACCUCAUAAGAGCAGCAGAGGCACAAAAACACGAGGCCAAAGGGGAGCAAGGGAAACCGUUUCCUCGUCUUCCUUCAUUUUCUGUUUCGCAGAGACAAAAAGAGUUCAGAGAGGCCCUGAAUCGCAGAGAGAGGAUCAUGAACGAAAUGACAAUCGAGCAUCAGGAGCAAACGGUCAGCGAGGAGCAGAGGAUCGCUCAGGCUGUUGCUGAACAGGAUGCAAGAUGGGAGCGGCAGCGGAGGGAGGAGGAGGAGAGGAGGGCUGCAAUGUUGAAGACGAUCACUGCACACAGACAACUGAUGAGACAGAAAAAGGAGCAGAUGGACAAAGAAGUGCAACAGAGAGACAGAGACGUGCAUCAGGCCAAUAAGGAGGCCGACAGAUCAUUUACUGAGACACAACAGCUGAAGGCUCAGAGGACCAGGGAAGAUCUAACCAAAAUACGAGACUUCAAUGUCACACAAAAGGAGGCAAAAUAUGCCAGGGAUCAUCAGCUGAGAAGAGGGGAUCAUGAGCUUGAGGCAAAGAACAGAGACCUUGUGGAUGGAGAGGAAAUGCAGUUUCAACAGUAUUCACAGCACGUGAUCAGCGCAGCGGCACAGACUCAGCGGAACGUCGUUCCACUUUGCAAAGCAGCGAGGGAAGGGGUCGGAAUAGGGCUCGGCCCCAUUAUUAGUGGAGUCAGGCCUAGCUACCUUGUUUAAGACCAUAGUGGUGCUCAGAUGCCAAAAAUACGUCUCUUCAUGAGGAAGUACAUAUUCAAAGCAAAGAGGCGACUAGGGUUCACGUGGUAGAAGCUCAUCAGAGUUUGCAAGUGGAGUCAUAUGACUUUCACCCAGUGACCUAAAGGUGUUACAGGAGACAUAUUAGGCUUUUUACCAUUUUUUCCCUUUCCUUAAGUUGCCUCUUAGCAAAGUGGUUGGAGUGAUUUUAAGUUGGGCUUUUGUUGGGAAGGGCCCAAAUGGAAGGAGAAAGUAGAUGAGCUUUUGUGGAUUUGGUGGUGAAAAAUGAAGUUGUUCCGUCAGACUACAGUCUGUGUUUUUAUUUUCUUAGAUGAUUCAGGACCUGCGCAACAAUAAACCCUCUUCAGCG